AUGUAUUUCCCUGACAAUAGUAAUGGGAGGCGGAUUGUGAUCACCACUAGGGAUUCUGAAGUGGCAGAACAAGUUGCGAGCUCGAAGAUUCUACAUCGUGUGAAUUUUUUAGAUGAGUAUGUGUGUCGGGAUCUACUUUGCCAGAUUGUGUUUGGAGAAGAUGAUUGCCCUGACGAAUUGAAAGGGUUAGUAUCUAAGAUAUUGAGCGAUUCCAGUGGGCUACCUUUUCCCAUUCAUGUGAUUGGAGGGCUAUUGUCAAAGGUUGAAAGAUCAAGAGAUGUUUGGGAGAAUGUUUCAAAGGAUGUAAAAGCUUUAAUUGUUGAAUCAGACGAGCAACGGUUGUCCAAUAUACUCUCCUUGAGUUAUAACCACUUGCCGUUUCACUUGAAACCAUGUUUCUCAUAUAUGGGAGCUUUUCCAGAGGAUUACAUAAUUAAGGGAUCUAGACUUAAGAGUUUGUGGAUAGCCGAGGGAAUUGUGAAAUCCAAUAGAGAUAAGAGUUUGGAGGAAGUGGGCAAGGAUUACUUAAAAGCUCUUGUGGAUAGGAAUCUACUUUUGGUUAGACGAAAAAAGCACAAUGGGAAACCAAUGAGUUAG